CGCCGCUCCCCGGGCGCGCGCUGGGCAGCGCGGACUCGGGUCGGGCCGAGGGUUCCGGGAGGUCUCGCCAGGCCGCCCGCGCCGCAGCCCCUGGCCUGACGCACAGAGGGGCCGGGACGCAGUUUGCCACGGGCGACCGGAGCCACCGCCGCCCGGGCCCGCUCCGCCCCCAGCCCGCCUUCCUCCCGCCUCGCCCUCCGCCUGCGCCCGCGCCUCACUCGCGUCCCCGCGUCCUUCCCACCGCCCCGGAGCCGCCGGCCCCCAGCGCCAGCCAGAGAGGAAAAUUUACUGGAGGAAGUUUACUGGAGUAAAAUGGAGGCCUCAGUAAUAUUACCCAUUCUGAAGAAAAAACUAGCUUUUCUUUCAGGAGGAAAGGACAGACGAAGUGGCCUCAUUCUGACAAUUCCAUUAUGCCUAGAACAGACAAAUAUGGAUGAGCUGAGUGUCACCUUAGACUACCUGCUCAGCAUUCCAAGUGAGAAGUGUAAGGCUAGAGGAUUUACCGUGAUUGUGGAUGGCAGAAAAUCCCAGUGGAAUGUGGUGAAAACAGUAGUCUUAAUGCUACAGAAUGUUGUUCCAGCUGAAGUGUCCCUUGUUUGUGUAGUGAAGCCAGAUGAAUUCUGGGAUAAGAAAGUAACACAUUUUUGUUUUUGGAAAGAAAAGGAUAGACUUGGCUUUGAGGUUAUUUUAGUAUCUGCCAAUAAAUUGACUCGUUAUAUAGAACCAUGCCAGUUAACAGAAGAUUUUGGUGGGAGUCUCACCUAUGACCACAUGGAUUGGUUAAAUAAGAGGCUGGUUUUUGAGAAGUUUACAAAGGAAUCUACAUCAUUAUUAGAUGAACUUGCAUUGAUUAACAAUGGAAGUGAUAAAGGAAAUCAGCAAGAGAAAGAAAGGUCUGUGGAUUUAAACUUUCUUCCAUCAGUUGAUCCUGAAACUGUUCUUCAGACAGGGCAUGAAUUGUUAUCCGAAUUACAGCAGCGUCGAUUUAAUGGCUCAGAUGGAGGGGUCUCAUGGUCUCCUAUGGAUGAUGAACUGCUUGCACAGCCACAGGUUAUGAAAUUAUUAGAUUCACUGCGAGAGCAAUAUACCCGCUACCAGGAAGUUUGUAGGCAACGAAGUAAGCGUACACAGUUAGAAGAGAUUCAGCAGAAGGUGAUGCAGGUUGUGAAUUGGCUUGAAGGGCCUGGAUCAGAGCAGCUGAGAGCCCAGUGGGGAAUUGGAGACUCCAUCCGGGCUUCCCAAGCCCUACAGCAGAAGCAUGAAGAGAUCGAGAGCCAGCACAGUGAAUGGUUUGCAGUUUACGUGGAACUUAAUCAGCAAAUUGCAGCACUCUUAAAUGCUGGGGACGAGGAAGAUCUUGUGGAACUGAAGUCGCUCCAGCAACAACUUAGUGAUGUUUGUUAUCGACAGGCCAGUCAGCUGGAAUUUAGGCAGAAUCUGCUACAAGCAGCUCUUGAAUUUCAUGGUGUUGCCCAAGAUUUGUCUCAGCAGUUGGAUGGCUUAUUAGGGAUGUUGUGCGUAGAUGUAGCACCAGCUGAUGGAGCAUCGAUUCAGCAAACUUUAAAACUGCUUGAAGAGAAGCUGAAAAGUGUUGAUGUAGGAUUGCAAGGUUUGCGUGAAAAAGGUCAAGGUCUUCUGGACCAGAUCUCCAAUCAGGCAUCCUGGGCCUAUGGAAAGGAUGUAACCAUUGAGAAUAAGGAAAAUGUGGACCACAUACAAGGAGUGAUGGAAGACAUGCAGCUUAGAAAACAAAGAUGUGAAGACAUGGUAGAUGUGCGAAGAUUAAAGAUGCUUCAGAUGGUACAGUUGUUUAAAUGUGAAGAAGAUGCUGCCCAGGCAGUAGAAUGGCUCAGUGAACUUCUGGAUGCUCUUCUUAAGACACACACCAGAUUGGGGGAUGACGCUCAGGAAACGAAAGUUCUGCUGGAGAAGCAUAGAAAAUUUGUUGAUGUUGCACAGAGCACUUACGACUACGGAAGACAGUUGCUGCAGGCCACGGUGGUGCUGUGCCAGUCUUUGCGCUGCACCUCUCGAUCAUCUGGGGAUACGCUUCCCCGGCUGAACAGAGUGUGGAAACAGUUUACGAUCGCAUCUGAAGAGAGGGUGCAUAGGCUGGAGAUGGCUAUUGCCUUUCACUCAAAUGCCGAAAAGAUUUUACAAGACUGUCCAGAAGAGCCUGAAGCUAUUAAUGAUGAGGAGCAGUUUGAUGAAGUUGAAGCAGUCGGGAAAUCACUUUUAGAUAGACUCACUGUUCCUGUAGUUUAUCCUGAUGGAACUGAACAAUAUUUUGGGAGCCCAAGUGACAUGGCAUCUACUGCAGAACACAUCAGAGACAGGAUGAAACUAGUUAGUCUCAAAAGGCAGCAGCUGAGACAUCCAGAAAUGAUGACUACAGAGAGCUAAUAGCUGCCUUCUUCCCAGAGACCUGCUGUUCGUAAUACCGCAUGUCGUCAGCAUACUCCAGCGUUAGCUACAAUACGUUAAGAUGCAUUUCACAGCCAGGAUAAGCCUCAUUUCUUUCCAUUACACAUUUCUCUCCACAUGUUAACACCUUGUAAUUACCAAGGCAGAAUUGUUUAACAUGCUUUGAGAUCAUAGACUCCAAGUAUCUUAAAAGAAGGAACUGUAAACAUUGCACUGAAAACCUGCUUUAAAGCUUUACCUGACCUGUCAGUUUGUAGAUGAACAACUGAUAAUAAGCUUUGAAUGGUGCUAAUAAGAGUUUAGAAAUUCUCUCUAUAAAAAAUGGUUGCCCUUCCUCCCCAGGUGAUGUAGUAAAUUUAGGCUAUAGCUCAACUGUUACUAGUAGACAGUGGUGUCCUCAAAAUUUUGCUUUGUAAUUCUCCUUCAAAUUUGAUUAUUUUUAUUGUGUCAGUAUGAAGAAAAACCUUCAGAUUUUUGAUAUAUCAUAUUCAUUAAAAGACAUUUUCCUAUUUGUAUUGAUAAUGUAUUAAAAGUUGUUUGUGCUUAAUAAAAGGCUUCUUUUAAACACCUUA